AUGGAAAGGAUAAAGAAAUUUGAGCAAGUGCCGUCUGUCGUAGUCCAAUUGGAGAAGAACAAAGAUGACUACAUUCCGCAGGCGGUUUCCUUGGGUCUGUUCCACCACGGCUAUCCGAAACUCAACUUGUUGGAGGUAGGGAUGGAAAUCUACCCGUGGUUGGAGGUCUUCAAGCCUAUUGCCGUCGAGUUGUUCAUAUCAGGCGGCCCAUACAAUAAGUCGUUCUACCACAACAAAAUUGCUGGCAUCAUCGGUGAAAUACGAAACUGCUACGGAGAUCUUUACUGCUCGGACGAUUGCCUAGCCGAAAUAAUGCUUCGUGAUGCCUCGUUGAUGAUAAUCUACAUGGAGACGAGUACUGUAACAGAGCACCCAGAUGAGUUGAUGAUGAAGAAGAUUAACGCCAUGAUGGAUCAUCUUGGCAUAUUGACAUUAGCAUUUAUGGCGCAUGACAUGGUUUUGCUUGAUAAUCAGAUCCCUUUAGUCGUGGUGAAGGUUCUGAUGGAUUUAAGAUACGGGGAAGGGCGGGAAGGCGAAGGCCAAUACGAAAAGUUGCUUAACAGAUUCAUUAAUAUGGUCAUCUUCGGAGAGUAUCGCCAGCAAAUAGUAUUGUCUAGGAAGCCUAUGCACCUCCUCGAAGCCAUCCACAUGGUAGUCGUCUUUGGCGGUGAAGAUGAGAGCGGCGCUGCUCCAACACCAACUUGCUGCAAAUUGCUGUGCUGCCCCAGAGCUGAUCUAGAAAGCGGUGCUACUACUCAUGGUAUAAUCCAUCGUCUUCUAAAGUCUCUGGCUUGCAAAACCCAAGGUGCAGCCAAGAAUGACUACAACUCCUUCAUAAACUCCAUCCAUUCGUUUCGUUCGGUGACAGAGCUCAAGGCAAAAGGCAUCCAUUUUAGACCAGGCCCAACUUCUUUGAUGGAUGUCAGCUUCAAAUCCAACUUCUUCUACUCCACCCUCCAUCUCCGCGAGUGGAUCCUCACCCCCAACACUAAGGUCCUCUUCAAGAACUUGGUCGCCUACGAACUCAGCCCUGGCAGCCCAGCCAACAGGGAGGUUACCUCGUACAUCACCUUCAUGAAGUCGCUCAUUGAUAGGCCGGAAGACGUCAAGGAGCUGCGAGAGAAGAAAAUCUUCAUCAACAAGCUUGGCAGCGACCAAGAGGUUUUCAACAUCUACAAAGAUAUCAAUACACACGGGGCCGAUAAUCCGAUGAUUUUUCAUGCAGUGAAAGACAAGAUCCAAGAACAUUAUAACAGUAAUAUCAAGACAUGGAUGGCUGAGCUCAUCCACAAUUAUUUUCGAUCUCCGUGGACCAUGACCGCGUUUCUUGCUGCCGCCGCAUUACUUGCCAUUUCUGCCGCUCAGCUCUACUACGCCGUGCAUCCUAACUAGCUCCAACUCAAGAUUAAUUGAUCAGCACAUACCCAUCUGUUUCGACUGUGUGUGCAUAUAUGCUGCCUGUUUCCUUCUAUCAUCUUGUUAAUUUCAACUAGUUUGAUUGUCUUUGAGGCAAUUAACUAGUGUAGAGACAUCUAU